AUGUCCACAUCAGACGUUACCGGAUCGUUUUCCCACAAUCACGAAGAAAGAUACGAAGUCCACGAUGGAGAUGUUAUCAUUGACCGAUAUAUUGUAUUGAGGACUAUUGGGGCAGGAAAGUGUAGUACAGUAACCGUUGCUUGGGAUCCAAUAGAGAAAAAACAUGUUGCGUUAAAAAUAAACAGGCGAGAGAAGCGUUACGAAUUGGCUGCGAUGAGAGAGAUAAAAACCAUAGUAACUCUCCACAAACGUUCAGGAGGGAAAUGUAACUCUAUUACCGAAAUCCUGGCUUGGUUCAACUUGGAUGGCUAUGUUUUUGAGAUCAUGCCAUUCAUGAACAAGAAUCUCUUCGAAAUUCUGAUCCAAAGAGACUUCAAGCCUUUCGAUACCACCACGCUCCGCCUUCUUCUCCGACAGAUGGUUUCGUCUCUCGGUAAAAUGCACAACUGUGGUAUCAUCCACACGGACAUCAAGCCAGAAAACGUCAUGUUCUACCCUUUAGACGACGGUCGUCCCGUCGACAGCGCCACGGUCCCCGAUUUUCAGCCGGAUUUCAACCAUCUUUGCCUCAUCGACUUCGGCAGCGUCUCCACCGCCAACACGCCCAAGCGAGGACUCAUCACCACGCGCACCUACCGCGCGCCCGAGGUCAUUCUCGAUCUGGAGUGGAGCCUGCCUUGCGAUAUGUGGUCUCUUGGCUGCAUGGCGUACGAACUGGGUUGUGGCCGCCCGCUUUUCCAGACACACCGCCAUUUCUUCGGCAAUCGCGAGCAUUUAGCGCUCAUCACCAAGCUCCUCGGACGAAUCCCGGCUUCGAUGCUCGCCAAGCUGGACGCGACGACGGCUUCGAUGUUCAAUGAGGAGGGCGAUCUGCUCUGGCCGCCUCCAAUCACGCGGGAAAUCCCGGAAGAGAAGCAGCCGGGUGGGUGGGCGUCGAACGACAUUUCGUGGAGCGCGCGCGUCCGCGCGGUGCACGCUGUGCGAGUGGCGAAGACGUCGAUUGAAGAGGGAGUGGGCGAGAAGAGAAGAAGUGAGGCGUAG